GACACAACUCACCUUCUUCCCUCUAUCUCUUUGAAGUUUAUAUUUUAAUUUUUUGGAAGAAAAGAGUGGAAAAGAGAGAGGAUGAAAGUGAGUGGACUUCUGUUAUGAUUAAUAAUAUAUUCUUGUUUUUUGUUUUUAAUAUUUGUCUACACAUGAAGAAUAAUUUGUUUGAGGGGGAACAAUGUCUGAAAGUAUUGUAAGGAAAGUCCAACCAUUCACUAUCGGGACCAAGCUCUCAGUGCCAUCCGUACCAAAGUGUCCAGACUUUACAGAGGGCUACUUGCCCAGUCAGGCACUGGACAACUGCAAGCUGCGGCACAAUCUUAACAACCAUGUGUCUCUUUUCCUGGGACGAGCUCAAGUGCACUCUGGGAACUCACGGCUAGUACCACCACAACCAUCAUCAUCAUUAACAACAUCUUCAUCGCCCACGACAACUUCACCACACACAACAACAACAACAACUCAGGUUAUUCCGGCAAAACACCAGCAGCAAAAUAUGGCUGAGGAGGAUCAUCUGAACAGAAACGCCAUCAGCCCAGGCUCAGCAGCCUCCAGGUCCAUCCGGAAGAUCACUAUCUCAAGCAGCCCAGAGAGCAACACACCCCGGCCAGACCAUGGACUAGGCAUCCCACGGGUGAGAGUCAACCCCCAGGUAGAAAACAACAAUAACAACAACAACAUCACAACCUCCACCUCCAACCCACAACUGCCUCGGAUAGUUGGAGUGAGCUGUGAAAAUAAACCCAGCUCUCAUUUCAAGGUUUUGCUUCGGAAAGAUUCUGAUGAAGACAAACAGAACAGUGUUCAAGAAACGAGAGGGAAAUACCAGUGUGUUCAGCAGACGCCAAUCUUUAAGGCCCUGUCACUGAAAAGAGAUCUUCCAAAGGGGGAGAGUCCACUGAGUGAGAACAAGGACAUGCCACCAGGUUCUAAAGGCACAGCAAUCCAGAACGAUCACUGUUUCGCCCAGCGCAAUGCCCUCUUUAACAAGGAGAUAUCUCAGGCUGAAGCGUGGAUCAAAGGGAAGCUGAGGGACUUGAAGGAUGGGUGUAAUAUUCAGAGAUCCCCCCUCACAGACUGUGAGGAGGUGUCUCAAACCCUCCAAAGAGACCUCAAGGACUUUGAGAAUACCCUCAUUCAGCUGAACCAGAUGGGCGAGCAGUUGAUGUGUAAGACCAACCCUACCUCUGACCUAGUGAAGAAACAGCUGAGUCAGGUGAGGGACCAAUGGCAGACCCUCAAACAGACGGCGGCCAAUCAGACCAAAGCUCUGGGAGGCGCCAAGAACCUGCACGAAUUCAACAGAAAAGUUGAGCGUCUAGAGGCCUGGAUCAAAGAAAAGCAGGAAGAGGAGCAGUCGCUGGCCAACCUCCUCGGGGAGAACAUUGACAAAAUGCAGCUGACGAGGAGGAUCUUAGAUUUGAAACAGGAUGAGCAGUUGUAUCGCAAUCUUCAUGAAGAAAUCAAUCACUUGGCUCUGAAGCUGGAGAAACAAGGGAAGACUGAGGGAAGGAACAUCUCUUCUCGAAGGAAGCACAUUAAUAAAAUGUGGUUGAAGGUCCAGUCUCUCCUCAAGGACUAUCAUGAAAACCUGCAGCUUGCACUGGAUGUCUCCUCCUUUUAUCAACAGGCAGAUAACAUUAUGUGUGCCAUCAAUAACAUGCGGAGAAGCAUUUCCGCAAGUCCUGGUCAAGCAAGCGGUGGAGAUGGAGAGAUCCGAGACAUAGCCAGUCAGAUUAUGAUGCUUGACGUGACUGUCUCUCAGCUGUCAAAUCUCCACCCUUCCCUGGCAGCCAGGGUCACCCAGAAGCAGGGAGAGGUCAAAGACUGCUGGGCCCUGCUCCAGAAGGCUGUCAGGAGCGAGAAGCCAGCUCCCCCCAGUUCCCAUUUUGCCAGGGAAGACAGUGACCCGGCGACUCCGUCCAAAGAGCCCCAGUGCAGCGUGGGAACGCCGGCGCACAGGCUCAUGGGAAAGGAGGUGAAAGAGGAGCAGAACCGGCUCAAGGGAUGUGCGGUCAGUAGCUUGGGUGGGAGGGAAACAGCAACCACUAGAGCGCUGAUGGGCUGCAGCCUGGACGAGAGUGGCCAGAACGCCGUUGCGAGUGAAGUCAUCGCGCGACCUCAGACGGAGGCGGAAAGGAAGCAGACGUCCGAGGAGAAGCAGGUUGCGGUGGCAGCAGUGCCGGGGACCGGAGGGGACCACCCACAGCUCCACACGCAGCUCCAGAAAUUUACCGUGUCCGCAGACAAGACCCUGUCAUGGCUGAAGGACAAUGUCGCCAUGGCAACGCAGAUCUGUUACACAGUGGGCUCGAACUCCAGCUUUGAGGCGGCCAAGAGGUGUCAGGCGGUCCUAGAGCAGGACAUCCUGUGCAACAGAGCACGGAUAGAGCUGGUCAAAAAGGAGGGCCGUAGCCUGGUGAGAGCUCAGCAUCCAGGCAGCGCCAAGAUCAAGGAGUUCCUGGGCCAGCUGGAGGUCCUGUGGGAGGAGCUAAAGAAGCAGCAUCAGAGGAACGUGGUGGUCUUGCAGGCCUCCGAGGAGCUCAAUUUCAGGGCAGUGACGGUCCUGCAGGCUCUGAGUGGUCUGGAGACCUGGCUGGAGGUGGUGGAGACGUCCAUCCGGGAGAGCUCGGUGGCAGGGGACCCGGAGUCCAUGAGCCUGGCCGAGCGAGAGAGCUGCCUGCUGGAGAACGAGCUGUCCGCCCGCGGGCUCCACCUACAAGCCCUGAGGUGCGAGGUGGACACGCUACGCACUCAGAGGCACCUGCACACCGAGCUGCUGCCCGCGCGCAUCCAGGAAGUGGAGAGGAAAUACCAGAGUGUGCAGAGCGCGUUGACUCAGCAGAGUUCUGAGCUGCAGGACACACGCAUGCUCACCGAGUUCCUAGAGCGCGUGGAGCUCGAGGAGGACAGCUACAGCACCCUGGGAGAGCCUCUCCAUAGUGAGAUUGCCUCAGAGCCGUCCCUGUUGGCCCCACCAGCCGGAGGAGGCAGCAUGCCCCUGUUGGAGAGCAUAGGAAACCCUGUGGAGGAGCUCCGGGAGGCUGUGGUGAUGCUGAACGACACGGCCAGGGAACGAGGCCGAUCCGUGUGUCAGGACCAGGCCAUACAGGAGCUACUGAGCCGGCAUGCCUCAGUGUCUGUGCGGGUGGAGCAGCGCAAGCAGCGGGCGUCGGAGCUGGCCCAGGAGGUGCAGGUGCGGGAGAGCGAGAUGGCCGUGCGGUGCGUGCCGGAGCGGAGCGGCCUGAAGGCCCUGCAGGAGCAGCAGCAGCAGCUGCAGGCCGAGUGCACUGAGCUGAAGGAGGACGUGGAGGCCAUGGAGGGGCUGACCUCUCGUCUGGAGGAGCUGUGCCCAGAGAGGCUGCAUGUGCUGGGGGCCGAGGUGCAGGCCACUCUGGGGGUCUGGAGGGAGCUGGGCAGGCACAUGGAGGAGAACCAGGGACGACUGCGACAGUUUGGGCAGCUGCGUGACUUUUUCCGGAACUACCUGGCCAUGAUAUCCUGGACAGAAGACACCCGGUCCUACAUCUUCUCUGAAAGUGCAAAGCACCAGGCGAAAGAUAACCCGGUACCUGUGGCCGAGAUGCUAGAUCUGCAGAUUGAACAGAAGUUCAAUGAAUUUGACGAGCUUUCUGCUGCUGCAAAGAAACUCAUUGACUCUGAACAUCACUUGACCAAGAUGAUCAAAGAGAGGAUGGAGGAACUGCGGAGCAUGCUGGGAUGGAUCCUUGUCCACUGGAGGGCUCAGAAAGCCCAGUGGAAGAAGAGGAAGAGGAGAAGUGAGACCAAAGUAGAUGAGGAUGCCAUAUACACUGAAGCAACUGUCUGUUCAUCAACACCACAGGUUUCCCCUCCACAGCCAGAUCCAGAGGAACCCUCUACAGGUGGUUCAGCUCCCCAGGACAGCGCCAGGAAGGCAGAGCGUUCAGCCACAGCGACCUCUAGUGGCUGGGAGGACCAGGCCACAGAGGCACAGGACGCUGAGAGUGGCUACGAGGUGAUGAAUAGUGUCAGUCAGAGAUCAGGGAGUGAUACCACUGGCGGGCUGUGUGGCGCUGGCGAGAAGCCCAACAACUCUCACCUGCUGGUGCUGAAGGAGCCGGGCUCUCCCUCUCAGAGGGGAACGGUCAACCUCAUCCUCAGCUUCAACGACACUGGAGACAGCCAGCUACAGGUGCAGGAACCUGAGAGCGACCAGAUGGACAGAGUGUCUGAGCCCAUUCACAGGCCUGCCGAGCCUCACUCUUCUGCCUGUAAAAGCUUUUGGAAGCGCUGCCAGGGGCUAUUUGGUAGUUUAAAGAGAAAGAAAAAGAUUUAUCGUCACAGUGCAGAAGAGGUAAGUACAUUCUUGCAUGUUAAGGACAACACUGCCACAGGCCCUGUAUAUGAGAGCAUGUCACUGCCCAGACUCAGCAGCACCAGAGCCCAGGCGUCGGUCUCCUCUUCCUACCACUCCCCCUCCUCCUCCUCCACCUCCACCUUCACCUCCUCCAGCACGUCCCCGGCGGUCAGCGCCACCUCUGACGGCCACGCGCCUCAGGUGAGCAGCGUCUCCUUUCACACGCUCCCCAGGGGCACGUCCAGCCACAGCACGACCGUCACGGCCACCGCUAGCUCCGCCGCGGUCACAGCCUCCAUCUUCAGCAGUCUCAAGAGGCGAAGCAAGAAGAGGAAGAAGAAGAGAGACGCUCGGAGGCACACCAUCCAGAGGAUCAUGGGGGUGGAGCAGCAGCAGGCGGAAGGGGAAGAGGACCCUCCGCAGCAGCAGGAGUCGGCGGAGCAGGAGGCGAUCGUCUACGACACACACACGUGGCCCCUGAAGGAGAGGAGGAAGAGGAAGAACGCGGGGAAGUCUGCCGGCGUGGUCGCCGUCGAGGAGCCCGAGCUCACGGACUACGUGAAGAACCCGCUACUGAGCGACAUCGACGCAGAAUGCUCCGGGGAGCUCCGAUCAGUCAGACCCAUCAGCCAAAGUCCCCAUACAACCAAUAUAUCCUCAGUCCCUGGAAACCGCGUAAAGGGCCACUGCAGAUUCCUCUCCUUGGGAUCAGUCCUGAGCUUCGAACUCCCCAAGGACGUGGGCCUUAUACCCUGCAUACCGGACGUCAUCACCAUCGCACCCCCAGAGUCCCGCCGGACAGACCCCAAAAACCAGGAGCACAGCGCGGACAGGUCAGUGGCACUGAGCACCUUCAAACUGGCCCGCUCGCCGCCCACUCGCAAAGAAGGGGAGCCCAGUCUUAGUCCCCAGGCUGAAGCUAUUAUUCAAAUUCAACUUCCAGGGAAUCAGGAGGACUACCCAGAGGCUGCUGAUGGUGCUGACGAAGACUUCCCUCCUCCUCCAUCCCCUGUCGCUGAGGACCUCUGCCGGGCGCCAUCACAGGGCGACCUCACCAGCGUCCAGCUGAAAAGGCUCUCUGGGGUCAGUGGUCUGCAUGAAGAGGCAGCCUUGGAAUGGGACAAAAUGGCCGCUGCAUUGACACACAGUGAAAGCAAUCCGCGUUCCACCAAGAGCUCAGCCAAAGUCAGAGAGAAUGAACUGCACAGCCAGCUGUCGCUCUGCGAACACGGAACACGUUCUGCGACAGAGGCCACAGUCUCCAGCACUGUCACCAUGGAGACACCUCACGUAUGCCCCAGUGUCCACACUUUGAUAAAAGACCUGAACGGACACAAGUAUCACUGGCCAUCGGACUCGGCCGGCGGAAAGGAGAGCCCCGUGGCUGUGACUCAGAGCCACACGUCUCACAUGGUUCUCAGCUUCAAAGCCAGCGGGAGCAGCAGUGGUAGCAGCAGGGAGGACUCGGUCGACUCGGGUCACUCCAGCUCUGGCAGCUUCAAGUUCUGCGUGGAGGCGGCCGGUCCGGAGACCCCCGACGACUCCCUUCCCAGGAGAGCCAUUGGACGCGUGCGAUCGGUGGAAGCGGGAGGCAGGUCUAAACCCGCCGUGGCGACAACGACGGCGGACGACCCUGUGCACCCCGACCACCAGCAGUUCGAGGAGGAAGAGGAAGAGUUGGAGGACAUCUGGAACCAAAGCAACGGCUACCGGCAGAGCGUCUGCUCGGACAUCAUGUAUCAGGGCUAUCAGGAAGAGCUGUCUAGUACGUUUCCGUGCCAGCAGAGGGCGCCAUCGCCCAAGGAACAAGCCGUCAUCUACAGAAAACUGGUCACUGCCUCUGCCCCCAACCUGCUGGUGGCUGAGUUCAGACUGCCUCCCUCUAUCCAGGGUCUGCUAGGCUAUGGAAAGGACCAGAGUCCCAAAGAUGAGGCCCCAGCCCUGGGCAAGAGAGACCGUCGGUCCUGGGCUGCCUUUUCCCACCAGGACCAGUCCAGCAAGCAGGCGACUUUAGUGUUGAAUGAAACGGCAUCAUACCCUGUCAGGUUGCCAGAGAUGGAAGACCAUAAAUAUAUUUACCAGUAUAAGGAGGAGGAGGAGGAGGAAGAGGAGGUGGAGAGGCAGAGAGGGGAGGAAGGAGAGGAGGUGGAUGUGGACACAGGUUGUCCAAAGGAUCUUCUGUCGGUUCACAUGGGACUGGACGGACCCUCAGGACAGGCCCAGCACUGCACUGAGGAUCAGGGCUACAUGACGAUAACAGGAGGGCGCUGUAGUGCCACGAAUGGACAGAAGCCUGAAUUCCCCUCCAUGGAGGGCACACUAGAGAGGAAGCACAGACUGCAGCCGGGAGGAAAGAAGGCACCAUGUCGGACCUGGAACACAUACCACGCUAUCCUGUACCGACAGACUCUUAGCUUCUACAUAGACAGAAAGGAUACAUUAAGGAGUUCAGCAUCCAGCCUGCCAUUAAACCUUGCAGGUGCUGAGUGUGUCCCUGUUCCAGAGUAUGCCAAAAAGCCCAACUGCUUCAGCUUAAGGUUAUGUGAUGGCUCUGAGUAUCUACUGAGUGCUUCCUCACGCUUCAUGAUGAAGAAGUGGAUGCUGAGAAUCCAUGCAAACACAGGAUCUGAAGAUGCGGUCCCUUCUCUGCCCAUGUUCUCCAGCUCCUCUCUACAGGAUGACUCUGUGAACAUGAAUCGUAUCCCAUCCUUGGCCGGUUACUGUAUAGGCAAAUAUCACUGUCCGGCUCGGGAUGAUGUCACAUCCUGCUUUCAGACAGGAGCUGGGCCUCCUCAAGAGAGUGUUCUCCUCAACAGAGAUGGCCCUCGACUCCCUAUUUGGCACCAGGGAAAGGCAGUGGACAUCUCCCUCAGCGGCCCAAUUUCACGUGCAGGCUAUAGUGUAGAAGAUGCCUUUGACUCACUCGGCAUGGCAUCUCUCUCAACUCACUCUCCCCUCAGCCAUAGUCAGGACUGGCUGAGUUGCAGCAACAAGCGGCGUUCCCACUCCUUCACCUCAGCCACAUAUCAGAGGAUCAGACCUGUGAGACUGCCCCCUUCAGGUGGAAGCCAGGAUAGCAGCUCUAACUACUCUGUGACGCUCUUCAUCGGAGACCAGCCAUCAAUGUGCAACAACACAGAGAUGCCACAGAGAGCGGUUUUUGGCAGUGGGCUGGAGCGCCCCCUAGACUUGCCUUUGAGGAACUACGCCAGCCUGCCACGGCCCCGCAACAAAUCUGUCUUCAAGAAAUUCUUUAGUAAGAAGGAGUGAAAGGAGUGGUGUUGCAAGAACACUGCUGCUCAGAUCCCCUCCUUACUGACUCUUUUCAUGUGCAGAGCACUGAUGACUGAUGAAAAAUAUUUGACAGAGAUGUUUAUUUACUUCAUAUUUAUGCUUGACAGACAUAUUUGAUACAGAGGGACACAAUUUCCUGUUUUCUUUUGCAUCACAAGUCGUUUUAUUUGCUGAGUGGGAAAAAAACCUUAAAGCAGACUUUCAUUGUCGUUUUUUCACAUGAAUAUAUAGAGCAACACUUCGCAAGACCUAUUCAAUCAACCAUCUUGACAUAAUGGAUAAUUUCAUUUGUAUGUAUUUUUUUUUCUUGAUCUUUGAGAUCUCACUGGUUACUAUGGUGAUCAGCUGUCUCUUGGUUUGAUGUAUUGUGUGUUGGUGUGCAUUUGUUAGCCUUUUAUUUUUCUCUCACAGAUUUCUGAAAAUCAUAACCCAACCACCCAUCUGGUAUGCUCUGACAUGUAUGCACUGUUUCAUUUUUGUUCUUCUUAAAGGCUGCGAUCCCAGUCGAUGGCUAGGUUUAUGGUCAUGGUUAAUUCUUUUCACUGAGACAUCAGUGACAGUAUUAAAUGCCUGUUUAAUUUUGCAAUCUCUUUAGAUCACAAGUAUACUUUGGUUAGCAUGGUUAGCCCUGUAAGCUGCGUUCUUCUCUCUAACUAACUAAUAACUAGGUUAACUACCAUGGUUAAACCCAUUAGCAAAUCAAAAUUUAGUUCAGAAGGUGUUUAAUUUUAUUCACAGUCAUUACAGCUUCCUGGGUUCCCACUGUCAUGGAAAACCUGGAAGAGUCAUGGAAUUGUAAAAUCCCAUUUUCCAGGACUGGAGAAAUCAUGGAAUUCAGUAAAUUCAUUGAGUGUUUUGGUAAAGUCAUGAAAUUUCAUUUGGUCAUUCCAGGGACGUGGAAAUGGCGUACAUGCCUUAGAAUUCAAUAGUUUUUUUUCAUAGAUAUGGUGGGGGGGAAAACAUAGAAAACAUUUUAUCCAAUCUCAUUGUUCAAGUCAUGUUUCAUAAUUAGCCCCAACCUAUGGCGUAAAGUAGGCAAUUUUGUACUUAUAAGCCGUGGAAAGUCAUGGAAAUUUCAGUUAAGGUCUUACCUGGAAAAGGUUAAGGUCUUACCUGGAAGUCAUGGAAAGGUAUUGAAAUUUUGUCAGAGAAAAUGGGUGGGAACCUUGAACUUCAGCCAUAUCUCUGUUGUAUCUUUUGUUUUAACAAAACACUAUCAGUCUUAGAAACUUUUGUGAACAUGCUUCAGCUAAAUGUUAGUGGUAGAGUUGGAGUUGGUUGGAGGGAGAGUUGGUUUUAUGAUGAACACAAAGGAAUAAUACAGGAAGCCUUGUAUGCCACUCAGACUGUCGUCUUCUUUUCAUUUGAAUUAUUGCAACAGUUUGAUACUGUUUGUGUUUGUUUUGAUAUUGUUAACUCUGAGAACUGUCACUGCACAACUAAUAUUUGUAAUAAAUAGAUAUUUUGGUUGA